GGACAUGCCACAACCGAGAUCUUGAUGCCUUAUAUUUCACGCCACAAGGGUCAAAACGAUGCCGUUUGUGCGCCCAUGGCCCCCAAUCAUUUACAAGGCACUGGCGUCAAGCUGCAUGAAACUUCUUAAAUUAGCAUGAGCUUAUUUGAGCUGAAAGCCCGACCUACCGGUAUUCUGACGAUACACUAUGCAGGAACAAGGCUGCUAUGCCCGAACCCACAUGGUGGUCACGGGUCCUGUGGAAGACCACGCUUAGGAAACAGCUCACGACCAUGUCUUGGAAUGCAUACUGAUCAGCUAUGUUUGUCAAAGAUUCCACGCCUCGUCGGGCCUUCACAAUCAUUUAAUUCAUUUUGGCCGGCUGCAUGUGUGCGCUGUACAGUGGUCCCCGGCCCAACGGAGUCUGCUGUGGGCUCGAACGUAAGAUUUCCGUCGAAGUGUAGAGUGUGCAAAGCCGGCCAUGACCAAUUAAAAAGGAUACGGUGCUCGCUUAUGGGCGACAGGGGCCCCAGACAACACCGUGGCGAAUCCCUAUUUCAGGUUAAGACCGAGGAAAAGUUAGGAAAAGGCCACACCAGAACCUCGGAUCCUGCUUAGUCGGACCCUUGCGUGAUCGUCAGAGGUACGGCGUGCAAAAGAGUCCCUUUUCGACGGGAGCGCGCGAUUCGCUGAAUACCGAGGAUGUGGCGGUAUAAUCCUAGAUGCCCUCUAUAAUGAGGCUUGGGACCCCACUGCUGCCCCCAGCCUUAGCCGCCGCUGCGUAUCACUUGCAUAAGAGAUCCUGCAAGUGAGGCGACACAGCCCAUUCGUUAGGCACCGAUUCUUUAAUGCACGGGUGCCCUUGGUACUCGGCCUGACCC